UAAUGGUAUCAACGCAGUAACUACGCUUUUUAAUUUGGGUGCUUGUCAGGUCAGUGUUUCGGGUUUUUCCGCGUUUUUCCGUGUUUUUCCGUGUUUUUCCGGGCCAGGCGCUCGACGACUAUAGCGAGGUAGUUUAUAGAAGGGCGAAUUCCGGAUGAAGAUGCAGUAAUCGUAUGUUACUCCCGCGCUUUCCUGCUGCGUUGAGGAUGUUCUAAGCCAUCUUAUACUGUAGUUCUUUAUAUACAAUACUGCGGAUUGCGCCAACGCCACAAGCGCUAACGUAUUGCUCCAUCCGUCGACGCACUGAGGCGGCAGUCGGCCGGCCGCUGGCCACGCCCCCGCCUAUGCGGCCGCCCCCCGACUGCGUCUGCCGCUGAUGGACACUAGUGUGCCCUGCGUCCUCUCCCCUGACCGCUACAGACCGGCCCUGCCUCGCCCCACUACCUACAAUCCCAACUGCCCCCUCCGCGGCGGCGGCACGGCACUAUGCCGGCGCCGGGAUCGUCGUUGCGUCGGUGGGCGUUCCUACCGUUUAAUACGGCACUCUUCAACGCCGGUCAACGGAGGAUUAUUAUUUUGCUAAUGCCACUCCUGCUACGACUAACUGCCGCCGUUGAACAGCUCACCGAAGCCGAUUCACAGCCCGACGACGCGGGACUGCCGUGUUCCAACCCGGUGUACUGUUAUGGAGAAAUCCUGGACACGGUGCAGGGCAUGCGCCUGCACAGCGACUCCAAGACCUACGUGGACCUGCCGCUGCGCCACCCGGUCAACGUCACGCUGGCGGCCUGGCAGAACCUGACGCAGGGCAACCUCAGCGCCGUGACGCCCGGCAUGGUCUUCAGCUAUCUGGCGGCCAACUACGACCCGCUGGACAACGACAUCGCCGUCCACCCCCCGCUGGACUACCGCCGCUUCGGCCAGGGCGGCGUGCCCUUCGCCGAGAAGAUCGCCGACCGCAAGCUCUUCGAGAUGGCCCUCCGCAUCCAUAACAAGUGGCGCGACCUCGGGCGCAAUAUCUCGCUGCACGCCCGUGAUUUCCCCGAGCAGCACACGCUGAUCUGGGUGCCGCACGCCUUCAUCGUGCCGGGCGGCCGGUUCGACGAGAUCUACUACUGGGACUCCUACUGGCUCAUGCAGGGCCUCCUGGCCUCCAACAUGCCCCACACCGUGCAGGGCAUGCUCCGCAACUUUGCCUACCUCAUCCACAAGUUCGGGCACUGCCCGAACGGUAAUCGCAUCUACUACCUGAAAAGGUCACAGCCGCCCUUCCUGGCGCUGAUGCUGGACCUGUACCGCCUGCACUACAAUGUGCCCAACCAGACCGACACGCUGCUGCUCAUCAAGGAGAUGCUGCCGGCAUUGCAGAAAGAGCACGAUUUCUGGAUGAAUAAACGGCGUAUUGAAGUGUCGCACAACGGCAAGACAUAUCUCCUCAACGUUUAUCGCGGCGACAUUAAACAUCCGCGUCCGGAGUCUUAUCUGGAGGACCGGGAGACGGGCGAACGCUACAAGGAAGCCUAUAAUCAGACAGACGCAGCCUUCCUCUUCACGAACAUCGCCGCGGCGGCCGAGAGCGGCUGGGAUUUCAGCACGCGCUGGCUGGAGCGCCGUGAGGCCCCCUUCCACACCAUCCGCACGGAGACCAUCGUGCCGGUGGACCUCAACGCCGUCCUGUGUGCCGUGGAGCAGCGGCUGGCCAUUUUCUACGAAUUAACCGGCGACCCCGACACCGCCGAGCAGUUCCGGCAGCGGGCGCUGGACCGCGGCGACGCCCUGGAGGCCCUCUUCUGGAACGAGACGCGCGGCGUCUGGCUGGAUUACGACAGUCGUCUGGGGCGCCAACGCGAGGAGUUCUACUUGAGCGGCGUCCAACCCAUUUUCCACAAAUGCAGCGGCCGCACCGUCGACGUCACGUCCACCGCCCGUAUGCGGCAGGUUCUCAACUCGUUCGAUCUGCGCAACAUCACACGGUAUCCCGGCGGUUUUCCCACGUCGAGCUACUUCUCGGCGACCAACUGUUGCCAGUGGGACUUCCCCAACGCCUGGGCGCCGCUGCAGCUCAUGCUCAUCGAGGGCUUCGCGCACAACCCCGAGAUGCGCUCGCAAGCGCUGGCCUGGGCGCAGAUCUGGGUGAAGGCGCUCUACGACGGCCACGCCGGCCACGGACACUUCUACGAAAAGUACGACGUGCGGGAACCGGGGGAGUUCGGGUUCGGCGGGGAGUACGUGGUGCAGGAGGGCUUCGGCUGGACCAACGGCGGCCUGCUGCGCCUCCUGGAGAUGUUCCCCACCGAGCUGCGCGUCCGUCCCGCCAACGCCAGCCUCCGCGCACUCUCCGGCGAGGCGGCCGCUCAAACUUCGCGGGCGUCGCUGGACAGCCGCGCUUCCCCGUGCAUCUGGACGUGGAUGCGGCGGAUGGGUGUGCAGUGCGUGCUCCCGGCACUGGUGGUCUACGGCCUGGCUGCGGAGCUCCUGAGCGGCGUCUAUUCGCCCUCCGGGUGGCGGCUACUGCGCUGCUUCUAAUGCUCGACGCGAUACACCCGUCGUUGACCUUUCUACCUGGAUCUUCCCUUGGUUGUCUUCCCCUGUUGUUGGCACUCGCAGUCUCUUUUGAAGAAGGACGGUGUAGAAUUACCGGUGACCCGCAAUUCAGUUACCGUAUAAUCUUUUUGGAUACAUGUCUCGUUUCAGAAAAAAGUGCGUCACCUGUUAUGUUGUGUAAGUGAAAGUCUGAAAAAAGAAAAUACCUAACCUG